GAUCUAGGACGGAGGAUUCUGCUGUUGAUUUUCAGCCUUUCUUAGGAAGACGAAUCAUCUUGGAAUGGGACACAAUCAUGUGAUGAGCCAUAUGGGCGAUAAUAGCACUAUGCCCCCCAAUCAUCAAUCAUCUUCUACACCCUCUCACGGUCAUGGUGGAGGUGGGGGCGACAUGAUGAUGAUGCCCAUGACCUUCUAUUUUGGCUAUAAGAAUGUGGAAUUGCUGUUUUCUGGAUUAGUGAUCAACACACCUGGGGAAAUGGCUGAGGCAUUUGUGGCUGUCUUUUUGUUAGCAAUGUUCUAUGAAGGCCUCAAGAUAGCCCGGGAGAGCUUGCUGCGUAAGUCUCAGGUCAGCAUUCGCUACAACUCCAUGCCAGUCCCAGGACCAAAUGGAACUGUACUUAUGGAAACACACAAAACUGUUGGGCAACAGAUGCUGAGUUUCCCUCACCUUCUGCAGACAGUGCUGCAUGUCAUCCAGGUGGUCGUCAGCUACUUCCUUAUGCUUAUCUUCAUGACCUACAAUGGGUACCUCUGCAUCGCAGUGGCAGCAGGGGCUGGAACAGGCUAUUUUCUCUUCAGCUGGAAGAAGGCAGUGGUAGUAGACAUCACAGAGCACUGCCAUUAAUGUCAGAUUCUAGGAUGUGGCCUUAUUUUCCACAAUGGGGAGUAGCUGGAGACUGGGGGAGUUGAUUUCAAGCCUUCCCAUUGUCCCUCUAUGGCCCCUUGCCUCCCAACACUUGCCUAGACAACAAAUCAAGGAGGUUUACAUAACCUCCAAGCUGGUUGGUGCCCUCCCCAAACUGUUGAUUUCUGAGACUGAGAUCCUCAGUUCUCCACUAAUCAAGGUAGUUUUUUGUUCUAAUGAUUUCUUGAUCAUCUAUUUCGCUUUUUAAUCUCUUGUGUUGUUAUCAUUAUUAUUAUUAUUGUUAUUAUGACAAUUUUGUGGACAAGUGGUCAUUUCUGGGUCAUAGUGGAGGUUGUUUGAAACUCCUACCCACCACCAUAACACUAGA